AAGUGUGCGUAUGGGCAUAUUGACUGUUGAUUAAGUUUUGGGAAUAGAAUUAGAAAGCUUAAUAGCAGUUGGGCAUGGCGGCCAAAGAUUCAUUCAUAGUGAAUCUCCUGAUGAUGAUAGUAAUAGUUUUGAGCAACUUGUUGGGUUGGCAUGAGAUGAAAGUAGUAGGUGAUGCAACUCUUCCAUUUAACCGCACCUCUUUUCCUCCUCAUUUCAUAUUUGGAACAUCUUCCUCUGCCUAUCAGUAUGAAGGAGCAGCAAGAGUGGGUGGAAGAGGUCCGAGUAUAUGGGAUACCUACACACACAAACAUUCUGAAAGAAUUUUAGACCACAAAAAUGGUGAUGUGGCUGUUGAUUUCUAUCAUCGUUACAAGGAAGACAUAAAACUAAUGAAAGAUGAAGGGUUGGAUGGUUUCAGGUUUUCUAUCUCAUGGUCUCGAAUUUUACCAUAUGGGAAGUUGAGCAAAGGGAUCAACAAAGAGGGUAUUACGUUCUAUAACAAUCUCAUAAACGAGUUGCUAGUUAAAGGUAUAAAGCCUGUAGUCACCCUCUUUCAUUGGGAUCUUCCCCAGGCACUGGAAGAAGAAUAUCUUGGCUUUCUAAGCCCUAAAAUUGUAGAGGAUUUUAAGGAUUAUGCAGAGGUUUGUUUCAAAGAAUUUGGGGAUAGAGUGAAGGUGUGGGUUACCUUAAACGAACCGCGGUCUUUUGCCGCAGCAGGCUAUGACAGAGGCCUGUUUGCUCCGGGGCGGUGCUCUUCAUGGAUGGACGAAGGGUGCCCUACUCGGGGAAACUCUGCAACUGAGCCUUAUAUAGUUGCCCACCACCUUCUUCUUGCCCAUGCUGCUGCAGCUCAACUAUACACCCAAAAAUACAAAGUGACACAGAAAGGUGAUAUAGGAAUAGUGCUUGUAUCUCAUUGGUUCGUGCCAUACUCCAAAACAGCCUCAGAUGCAGAAGCAGCUCAACGAGCACUUGACUUCACGUUUGGAUGGUUCAUGGAUCCAUUAGCAAGAGGUGAGUAUCCAAAAAGCAUGCGCACAAUUGUGGGAAGUCGGCUGCCAGAAUUCACAUCAGAGGAAGCAAAGAUGGUGAAAGGGUCCUUUGAUUUCUUGGGAUUAAAUUAUUAUACUUCCCGUUAUGCAGCCAACAUUCCUUCCCCUAGAAGGGUUCACCUUAGUUAUUCCACGGACUCGAGAGCCAAUCUAACAAAUGAGAGGAAUGGAAAACUCAUUGGUGCACCGACGGGAAGUGGACUCAAUAUUGUUCCUAAAGGUCUUACAAAGUUGAUCCUUUACGUUAAGAAAAAUUAUAACAAUUCAGCGAUUUACAUUACAGAGAACGGUAUGAGUGAUGCCAAUAUCACUGAAGUUCCACAAGGGGUUAAUGACACUCUCAGGGUCCAUUUCUACCACAGCCAUCUCUUGGCCAUAAAGGCAGCUCUUAAGGAUGGAGCAAAUGUGAAGGGGUUCUUUGCAUGGUCAUUUUUGGAUAAUUUUGAAUGGAUAUCAGGAUACACCCAAAGGUUUGGGAUCAACUACAUAAACUAUAAGGACAACCUCAAGAGAUAUCCCAAGCAUUCUGCUCUUUGGUUCAAGAAAUUCCUUCUCAAAUAAAACUUCUUAAGACUU